ACAUUUAAUGUCAACCUUUUAAAAAUCAGAUUUUACAUUGGCAUUACAACAAUAAAGGGAAUAUAAAAAGGAACUUGAAUUUGGCUUUUUCUUUGUGAUAGAGAAAUGUAGAGACAGCCCAAUAAGAUUCAGUUUGUGAACUGGUUCUUGAACUGUGACUCUUUAGUGCCUUGUUUUCCAAGUAAGUAUUUUAAGUUGUUUCAGAAUAUAGAAUUGGAAUUAUUCGCCCCUUAAAAUUAAAAAAAAUGCUACAAACAAUAAUAAUAAUAUGAAAAGAUAAUGGAAAUGACAAACAUGUCUUGAUAUACUUACUGCGUAUGAAGUAAUUUUCUUUUUUUUUUUGGAGAUGGAGUCUAGCUCUGUCACCCAGGCUGGAGUGCAGUGGCACGAUCUCAGCUCACUGCAACCUCCACCUCCCGAGUUCAAGCGAUUCUUCUGCCUCAGCCUGCCGAGUAGCUGGGAUUACAGGCAUGCACCACUACGCCCAGCUGAAUUUUUUUUUUUUCUUUUGCAUUUUUAGUAGAGAUGAGGUUUCACCAUGUUGGUCAGGCUGGUCUUGAACUCCUGACUUCGUGAUCCGCCCACCUCAGCCUCCCAAAGUGCUGGAAUUAACAGGCGUGAGCCACUGCGCCCAAAAAAAUUUUUUUUUUUUUCAGAUGGAAUCUCACUGUAUCACCCAGGCUGGAGUGCAGUGGCACAGUCUCGGCUCACUGCAACUUCCACCUUCCAGGUUCAAGCGAUUCUCCUGCCUCAGCCUCCUGAGUCACUGGAAUUACAGGCGCACACCACCACACCUGACUAAUUUUUGUAUUUUUAGUAGAGAUGGGGUUUCACCAUGUUGGUCAGGCUAGUCUUGAACUUCUGACCUUGUGAUCUGGCCACCUUGGCCUCCCAAAGUGCUGGAAUUACAGGCAUGAGCCACUGUGCCCGGCCUCGUAGAAAGUAAUUUUCUAAGCAUUCUUCAUGUCCUAAAUAGUUGAAUCCUUACAACAACUGGAUAAGUUAGAAACUAUGAUCCUCAUUUGAGAGAGAAGGAAAUGAGGUCCAGGGAGGUCAAGUUAUUUGCUCAUGGGCAAAUAACUCAGUUAGUGUCGGAACCAAGAAUUAAACCUGGACAGUUUAACUCUAGAGGCUAGGCUCUUACUCUUUAUGCUGCCUAGAUAUUUUUGACGUAUUAAGUAUCAAAAUUCAUCGGUAACAUUUUUGAAAUCUCACAACGAAUGAAGAAUGGGUAGUCUGUUGCAUAUACUAUGUUCAUAAUCCUCUUUUUUUACACUUGAUCUUAGCCAAAAAGCCAAGAAGCUAUAAUAACCCUGUUUUUUUAAAAUUGCAAUAGCAAUAAGUAAUUAUUACAACAAAUUUUAAACAAUACUAGAGUGAUUAUAAAAAUGAAAAGCAAAAAUCCCUUCCUGACACCUUCCAGUUUCUAUACCUUAGAGACAAUUCAUAGUUUGGUAGAUUUCCUUCCAGAGUUUGGUUUGUUUUAUCUUGUUAUCAUGUAUGUACAAAACUCUCUUUUUUUUCUCGUUCUUUCUCACUUUUUUGGGUUUUUAAUUUUGUUUCGUUUAUAAAAAGUGAUGAGAUGUUGAUACAGAAAUUGCUUACUUAUUCUUCCUUGCCUUUUUUUGGCUGUUACAAACAGUGCUAUAAUGAAGGUUUCAUUACAUAUAACUUUACAUACUGAUGUUGAUAUGAGGUAGAUUUCCAGAAGUGAGAUUGCUAGAUAGGUAAUAGGGCAUCUACAUUUUUCAUUUGACAUUUCCAAACAUACCUUUAGAAGUGUUGCAUCAAUUUAUGCAUUCACAAAAAGGAUAUGAGGAAAUCAUAAUUAUAUGAAUAGUUUCUGAGCUAUUGAGGCUUAAACUUCUCUAUAAAAGUUAAAUAAAUUACAUAGGGCAGGGAGAUGAAGAAAACAUAAUUAUUAAAACAUUGCUGUUAUUAAAUAUGAUUAAGCAACUACUAGUGUUUUAAUCUAGAUGAUUUCACCUGGAAUAUAGUUAGGUCCACCCCUGAAAGUAUUCAGCCUCUAUAUGAUGCUUUUGAAACAUCUGUCUCUUCACAGAGAUGCCAAAUUUUGUUGCUAUUGUUGAGUAAUAUUUUUUGUUUUGUUGCUGUUGUGGUUGUUUCAUUUAUUCAUUUGUUUACCUUCAGGAAAAUAACCUUUCCAACACAGAAAAUAGUAAUCUUUUAAAGAAUGAUAAAUUGGAAGGUUAAAUUUAUCUUUUAAAAAUGUCAAGAAAAGAUCUGGGCAUUACUGUCCACAUGUUGUUUCCGCAGUGGUAUGGCGUGGCACAAAAGAUAUCAACAAAUUGGAUGCAGUUUGGGAAGAUUUACAAAGCCCAAAAAUGUUUUAUAAUUUAAGGUUCCAAUUUUAUAAUUUAAGGUUCCAAUUAGAGAAAUAAUUUGAUAAAUAAUUACCACUCUGCUAGUGGAAUAUGUAGCCUAAGGAGCCACACCAUUCUUUAGUAACUCCAGAAGGUACAUAUUUAAGAUUCAUGAGAGUCUCUCACGGUAUUUUUUUUCUCCAUCUGAGAACUUGUCUGCUUUCGUUUUGAAGAACUUUUAAUACAGCCAGCCCCCCAUAUUCAUGGGUUCCACUUCUAUACAUCCAAUCAACCACAGAUGGAAAAUAUUCUGGGGAAAGAAAUUCCAUCAAGUUCCAAAACUUGAGUUUGCCAAGUGCCAAGUACUUCGUUGAAUCCACAGGAAUGAAGUGAUGUGUAUUAGAUAUUAUAAGUAAUCUAGAGAUGAUUUAAAGCAUAUUGGAAGAUGUGCAUAGGUUAUAUGCAAAUACUACCCCAUUUUAUGUAAGAGACUUGAGCAUCCCCAGGUUUUAUUAUCUGAUGGAGGUCCUGGAACCAGUCCCCCACAGAUACCAAGGGACUACUGUAAUAUAAGAGGCAACUUAGUUCUUUUUCUGAGUUUCACUUCCUUGAUGGUAUUGCAUGUGAUUUUCUUUAAAAAGCACCCUAGACACUUCCUUUUCUGUUCUGCCCCUUCUGCUUUUUAAUUUUUCUGCUAAUGAACUUAGUAUUACCCUGAGGUCUUUCUCCAACAUUCUGACAUACAGAUUUAAACUCUAGUACUUAUUUUUAUUUCUUAUAGGCUCAUUUCCUUCAUCUGCAAAAUGAUUAAGUUAAACUAGCAAGUCUGCAAAAUUCUUUUCAUUUCCUAGAUCCUAUCCAAAAGGUUUAGCUGUUAGCCUGGGCAACAGAGCGAGACUCUGUCUCAAAAAAAAAAGGAAAGAAGAAAAAGCUUUAGCUGUUAACAGCCUCAGUGGACAUAACCAAAUGUAAAUUUCACUUCAAAGGCAAUUUUGCUAUGUGUGCUUCAGGUGUUCUCUUAGUUGGUUCAAGUAGUGGAUGCCCAAGGGAGUGACUAGCCACUGGGUGACACUGGUACAGUAGCUCCAGAAAAAUGCUUAUUUGGGGCAAUGCUAAAUAUUGCGGCAGUUUUAUGCAUUGCUACCAUUUAUGUUCGUUAUAAGCAAGUUCAUGCUCUGAGCCCUGAAGAGAACGUUAUCAUCAAAUUAAACAAGGCUGGCCUUGUACUUGGAGUACUGAGUUGUUUAGGACUUUCUAUUGUGGCAAACUUCCAGAAAACAACCCUUUUUGCUGCACAUGUAAGUGGAGCUGUGCUUACCUUUGGUAUGGGCUCAUUAUAUAUGUUUGUUCAGACCAUACUUUCCUACCAAAUGCAGCCCAAAAUCCAUGGCAAACGAGUCUUCUGGAUCAGACUGUUGUUGGUUGUCUGGUGUGGAGUAAGUGCAUUUAGCAUGCUGACUUGCUCAUCAAUUUUGCACAGUGGCAAUUUUGGGACUGAUUUAGAACAGAAACUCCAUUGGAACCCCGAGGACAAAGGUUAUGUGCUUCACAUGAUCACUACUGCAGCAGAAUGGUCUAUGUCAUUUUCCUUCUUUGGUUUUUUCCUGACUUACAUUCGUGAUUUUCAGAAAAUUUCUUUACGGGUGGAAGCCAAUUUACAUGGAUUAACCCUCUAUGACACUGCACCUUGCCCUAUUAACAAUGAACGAACACGGCUACUUUCCAGAGAUAUUUGAUGAAAGGAUAAAAUAUUUCUGUAAUAAUUAUGAUUCUCAGGGAUUGGGGAAAGGUUCACAGAAGUUGCUUACUCUGCUCUGAAAUUUUCAACCACUUAAUCAAGGCUGACAGUAACAUUGAUGAAUGCUGAUAAUCAGGAAACAUGAAAGAAGCCAUUUGAUAGAUUAUUCUAAAGGGUAUCAUCAAGAAGACUAUUAAAAACACCUAUGCCUAUACUUUUUUAUUGCAGAAAAUAAAGUCGAAAGACUAUGA